GAAGCGUUCUACGGUUAUCUGAUUAGUGUAUUGUUCAGAUGACUUAGAUAUUACUACGCGGCAAUUUGUUCGCGAGAAUGUUUCGGAUAAGUUUCAAUAGUAAAUAGACUGACGUAGAUCAAAUAUUGAUUCAGCUUUAUUGCAUGUCUAACGGUUAAUUGAGAUUGUGAAAGGAUUGUUAAUUGAAAAAGAAAACACACAAAGAGAAGUGAAAUUUGUAAAAGGACUUUUGUAGCAUUAACUUUUAAUGGUGAAUCAUAGUGAUAUAAAUAUACUUUAGGCAAAUAAAUAAAGGAAUACAAGAAAGACUAUCUUUGAUCCAAGUAUUUACCAUUAAGUUCAGAUGAGCAGCGAAUAACAAAGGUAUUGACUAAGAUAUAGACAAAAGGCAUUUUAUAAGAAAACUGCAUCAACAGCUGUUGUUGCCGAGAAAACAUAUUUUGCUCAGCCGUCAGAAGGUAUUUGUUGUAUUUUACCUAACCUGCUGGAUUUAAAGUGGUAAUUAGUGAAAAAUAAAUGGAAUAAAACCGUACACAGAUCAGAGAAAAUAACCGACUCGGAUACCAGUUUGAGAAAAAGUGGUUGCGGCCGAUAUUCUAUUGGAUUUUGUCAGUUGUAUUGCUUCCUAAUGCGCUGAGAAGCGAAUUCGGUUAUCUUGCCAAAACACAAGUAUUAUAAAAAUAUGCUUAAGCAAAUCUAACCGAAAACGCUUUGGAAAAUAUCAGUGAAAAGUCUAAAAUGGCAUGCACAUAGCUGGAAUGAACGGAUUAAAUUAAAGUGUUCUAUAUAUUUAUAGAUAGUUAUUGGAAAUUAUUUCUGAAUAUACGAUAGUCUUGUGUUAAUAUUAUGUAAACGAAAUUUUUGAAAUUCGGAGACUUAUUAAUAGAUAAUGUGGAUAUAUUUUUAUGGAACUUCGUGACUCACGAUUAUGGGAAGGAUACCAGUACCGGACCGGCUGACAAAGGCCGCUGUUUUGACAUUCCUGUUGUCUAUUUCUAUACACAUAGGGACAAGUUACAGCACGAAAACCGACGGUGAGCCAUACUUUCUUAACACCGAAAAUAAUAUAACGGUCCACGAAGGAGAUCUUGCUAGAUUAAAAUGUCGGGUGGCGAAUCUUGGACCGAAAAUGGUAAACGUGGUUGUAUGGCGGAGAAUGAACAUGGAGUACCCUUUAACAAUUGGAGAAAUGACAUUUUCACCUGACAACGGUAUGUCCGUAGAUCAUUCACCGAUGACCCACAGCAGUAGUAGUUGGGAUUUAUUAAUCAAGAGUGUUAAACCCCAACAUGCAGGAGUAUAUGAAUGUCAGGUCACCUCAAACCACCUUAUUGCUCAAUAUAUCACACUCCAUGUAGUAGACCGAUCACAGAUAAGAUCUGCGUUGAAGCUAUCUGGAACGAAGUUCGUAAACAAGGGGGAGAAAAUCCACUUGGUUUGCAACGCAACUGGGGCAAGUCGUGCACCGGAAGCUGUGGACUGGUUCUACGAAGGAAAUCGAAUACACCCUUCAAAUCCUAUAUGGAAAGGCCGGGUUGAAGUAUUAAAACAUGAAUCAUUUGAAGGCAAAUACUUCAUAAGUGAAUUGAUAAUUGACCAUAGUAAACUUAAGGACAAAGGACAUUAUGUGUGUAGAAGUUCAGACCUUACAGUUGACAGUUUAAAAGUACAUGUUUUAAAUGCUGACAAAGACAAUUUAACUAGGAGGUUGUCUGGAAAUGAAGGUCAAGAUGGUGAGAGAAGUGAAUUUAACACAGUUCCUGAAAAUGCAACAAAAUUGACUCGUGCAGACGCUGUUUUCGUUCUUAUAUUUGCAAUUAUCGCCCUUGUUUGGAGAUGAAGUAAGGAGAUGUGAUAUAAUAGUUGAUAAUUUUUGCUACACAGUGCCUUCGUGAUUAGGUUUAAAAGGAUGGAGAUUUGUAUUGAAAAGUGGUUUCAGUUUGAUAAAAGACUUCAGGAGAAGUAAUGACUGCUGGCAGACAGACACACGUCUGAAAUGGCAUUAAUUGACCUGUGAAUGGAUUCAGUAAAAACUGAAUUGCAUAUCAUUUAAGAUUAUUUUGUUGUGUUUUAUGAAUCAAUUUGAUUUCGACUUGGCGAGGAUGAUGUCCAAGAGAGAAAUACACGGCCAGUGAGCAUAGACUUUUUUCCGUAUGAUAUUACUGAUUGAUACAAUAAAAUCUUAAUCAUGUUCAUUGUCAUCAAAGGUAUUUUUGUGUCAGUGUUCGUUAGUUCAAUUCAUACAUUUCUAUACACCAUGCUUCAGUAUAACAUAUACAACCAUCUGAUGAAUCAUGUAUCUAAAAUAUUAAGUUGAAAAGACUUACCGUAUUACAAGUAACAUAAAUCUAUUGUCAUUUAUUGGUUCAUUUAUAUUAUACGUCAGUCACAAUUAUCCAUCUAUUUCCAUUUAAUUUUAAAUCUAAAUAUUACCUCUUCAUUUUUUCAUUACAAAAUGAGACAUCUUAAUAUUAUCAUUUCUUCAAACAUUUGUUUUUCUUUUUUUUUUUUCAAUUUUCAACGAUGAAUGAAUGAAUGUAAUGACCUAACUUGUAAGUAGAAGACAUUGUUUGUAUAAAGUGUACAUGGAAAACAAUGUUACAUCCGUAAAGUAUAUAAGAACCUCCCGUUUUUAACUAUUUAGAUUUAAAGAAAAACACAUGAUAGAAAAAUGUUAUGAAUUUGGACUUAAAGCAAGUGUACCAAGUGCAUGGUAUCUUAUGGAUAGUUUGUUUUUGUCCUCUUGUUUAUUAAUAUCAAUAGUACAUACGUUUAUAUGUUAUUAUAUCACAAAUCAUAUUAUUUACGUCUAAAAUUACCAUAUGUUAUAUCUUUCUUUUCCUAUUCAAACGAUGUCUUAUGUUGAUUUUUUUUUUCGAAUAGAUCUGUAACAGAAAAAAAUAUUAAGUGUUGAUUCUUUUGAAGAAAAAAAGACACACACAAUGCUGCAAUGUACACCAACAAUUGACUCAUCCAGACUGCAACGUGUCCAGUUUUGAAUAAUUCUAAUUGUUUAGUUUUUUUACAGAUCAUACAAUCUUAACAAUGGUAAUUGAUUUUAUGACGUUUAAGUCUAUUUGUUAACAUAAGUUUCCUUUCUACAACAAAUCAACACACUUGAAUUACUUCAUUCAUUUGUAAAUAAUGUGUUCAUUCGCUGAUAUUAUUUCACUUGAAUUUGAAUUGUUUUAUUUUAUAAGUAAGAGAGUUUGUUGUGGUAUAAACAGCUCUUGAUUAUUGUUCUCUUGAUCAUGUUAUGUUUUGUGUAAGUAUUAAUUAAAGUUAAUUAAUGUUGACCAUGACGAAUAUUCAUUUUGUAUAUUGAUAAGGUUAGUUUGUUGAAAUCUAUAAUUAUUUUUAAGUUUAUUGUUUUUUUUUAAUUAAUGCAGUUUUUUAAAGUCUUCACAAAUAUUUCUUUACAGUAACUUUAUUAUUAACCUUAAGAUAAAAAUUUCCUAUCAUUUUUUAUACAACAAGAAUGAUAUGACGAUGUAAAUGAAAAUAUUUCUACUGCUUAUAGUUUCUGCUUAGAUUAUUGAACAAUCGCCUUACAGCUCAGCUGAAAAUGUUGUAACAUUAUGGGUUUUUUUUCUACUGUUUAAUAAAUGAUAUUAAAUUAUGCGUAUGUAUAAUUACAUUUUUGACAAGGAUGAAAUUCAUUUUUAAUAAAUUAAAAUGUAACAAUAGGUGAAAACACGUUAAAUAUAACGAAUUAGAUGAAAUGGAUAUAUUAAAGAUAUACUAUGCUCAUCUUAGAGUAAAAAUGGAUGUAUUAAAGAUAUACUAAGCUCAUCUUAGAGUAAAAUAUUUUUAUCCCAGAAAUUAAAUGAUAUCAAUGUAAUUCUCUCUGAAUAUGUUUAGUUUUAAUAAAAAUGUACAAACUGCGUGUGGGAAGCUGCAUAACCCAUUAAAGGUCAAGUAAAGUUAGUCCCUUCUUGAAAAAAACUGCCAGUAUUUAAUGGCACUAUAUAUUCUUAUUGUGUCCAUCUAUAGUGUGUAGAGUUUAAGACAUAAGAUAUCUACUUUGUGUGAAGUAAAAAAAUAUUUAUCUGAUAUUUACAAAGAGACUUUGUAGAAUUAAAAACAUUAUUUAAAAUUAUAGCAUCUGAGAAUAGUAUAUCUUUGAACCUGAUGUUUCUUGUGAACGUCCGUGCAUUUUAACGUGGUUUACAAAUAUUUUACUCCGGAAUAAGAAAUACGUGUAUUUGGUUUUUUUCCCAGCAAAUUCUGGAGUACAAACAUACGUUUGCAGGCAAUAGCUUCAAAAACAAGUGCAACAUGUUGUGACUGGUCUAUUUUGAGAGGUAGUUCACCAUGAAGAUAUAACUGUAAAAGUGCGGUUGUACUGGGGGAUUUGCUUAAAAAAGCCCACAUGAUAAGAACUAUUGAAACAUGAGAUAUUUUAAAGUAUUUGAGUCAGGUCUUGCCUUAACAGCUAGAGCUUUAUUAUUUUAUCAAAUAUUUUAUAGAGGACCUCGGCUAAUUUCUGUUUAGGCAAUAUGUAAUUUCAAUAGUUUUAAAGUGUUUCAUUAUCCAUUCCAGAAUCUACAUGUGUUGUUUUAUUUUUCAAAAACAUUGGAAAUUGUCUUCUAUUUCAAUAUUUUUAAUAAAAUGAGAAAGUUAAAAUUGUGUUUCUUGGUGAUUCUAAAAUAAGAAGAAAUGUAUGAAAAAACAUCAUCAAAAUAUGGAAGAAAUUGAAUAAAAUUAAAUUGGUUAUCGCAGAUUAGUCUAUCCGUUAAAUUUACAAUGAACAUAUUAAGAACGACGUUAGGAAUGUUUUCUUCACGACAAAUUUCUUUGUUUAUCUUCAAAUUAUACUUUUAUUAGUGUAUAAAUGUUACAUAAACUAUCGACAAAACGUCUUUUUUCACUGUAAAUAUUCUUAAAUUUAUAUCACUUUUAUUUCUAAAGUCACGGUACGCCUUUACAGCAUAAAUUUAACGGGCUUUGAAUAAAUGAGAGUGUAAAACCUUUCUUUACGAUCGUAUGAGUGUAAACUUCAAUUUCUCUAUAAUUAAGCUGCUACUAGUUUAUCACCAGACGGGUUUGUACCAC